CAGUAGAUCAACACAGACCACAAUGAACAAGCUGGUGGUGUUGUUUUCAAUCUUCGCGGCCGCCGUCGCCAAGCCCAGUGUGGUGGCUCCUUUGGCCUACAGCGCUAUCGUGCCUGGAGUUAGUUCGCUGUCCCAGUACAGCACCAGUGUGGUCCACGGAUCGCCUCUGGUAGCUCCUGCUUUGUACAACGCUGCACUCGUCGCUCCCGGUGUGGUUCCUGCAGUCGCCGCCCUCUCUCAAGCCCCGCACUCUCCUGCUGUCGUCCUGGAUGCUGUUAACGGUGUCCCUCUCGACACUCCUGAAGUCGUCGCUGCCCGCGCCGCUCACUUCCAGGCAAAAGCUCUAUCUGGCUACCACCACCUCCGCAAGCGGUCUGCCGUCGCUCCCGUGGCCUACAGCUCCGUCGUCUCUCCCCUUGCCUACUCUUCCCCUGUAGUCUCCGCCUAUUCAGCUCCCUUUGUAUCGGCAUAUUCUACUCCUGUAGUUUCUCCUGUUUCCCUAUACCCUAAAGCCCUUAGCGUCCACCCAUGGUAAAAAGCUCUUAAUAUAUUUAAAAGUAAAACUUCUAUCAUGUGGAUUCACUGCCAAUAAAU